AUGGCUCGAACUGCCUUGCUUCCCUUGAGGCCUCUGGCUCUCCUUCUCGCUCUGCUGGCUCUGAUCACCCUGCUGGCACAGCCAUCAGCGGCCAUCGCCUCGGUCACGCGUAGAGGCAAGUACCUCUAUCAGGGCAACAACCGUUUCUACAUCAAAGGUAUCGCAUAUCAGGAGCCUGCGCCCAUCGCAGCCUCUACCGCCGCCAACGACGCCAACGGCGGCUUUCCAGAACCCGAUAGCUUUACCGAUCCCCUUGCGCUUCCAGACGCAUGCUCGCGCGACGUUGCCAACUUCCGCGACCUGGGCAUUAAUACCGUUCGGGUCUACUCGGUCAAUUCGAGUCUGAACCACGAUGCUUGCAUGUCGAUGUUUAGCAACGCGGGCAUCUACGUGAUUCUCGACCUUGCCCUGCCCCUCAACGGCUCCAUCAACCGUGCUGACCCCAUUUGGGACGUCAGUCUGCUCGGCUUGUACGCUGGAACCAUCGACGCCUUUACCAAGUAUGACAAUUUGCUCGCGGUCAACGUUGCAAACGAGGUGGUGAAUGUCGCAGCCAACACUGACGCAGCUCCCUUCAUCAAGGCCGCUGUGCGUGACAUCAAGGCGUAUCUCCACUCCAAAAACUCCAACGUUCUCGUCUCGUACUCUUCCACCGACGGUGAUUCCGGCCCUACAAACUGGCGAGACAUGCUCGCCUACUACCUCACCUGCGGCAGCGCAGCCACCAGCGUCGAUCUGUACGGUCUCAACUCGUACGCGUGGUGCGGCAACAGCUCAUAUACCGCAUCAGGCUACGACUCGCUCACAACUGAGCUUGCUUCACUGCCAGUGCCCGCCUAUCUCUCCGAGUUCGGGUGUGCCGCCGGUAUUGGCGCUAACAACCGCCCAUGGACUGAAGUGGCCGCUUUGUACUCGCAGCCCAUGACAAACACGUUUAGCGGCGGUGUUGCCUUUUCCUACUUCCCUCAGCCUUCCGGUACCAACUAUGGGCUCGUCACUGUCUCCGGCAACAGCGUCACCACUCAGUCCGAUUGGCAGAGCCUCAAGAGGCAGUUUGCCAACACCACUUCGGCUCCCACCAGCGCACCCGCCAAUGCUUCCAGCUCGCCGAGCUAUGCGACUUGCCAGGGUGACACUGACAAUUUCAUCGCUUCCACCGUGCUGCCACCUACACCCAACUUGCAGCUGUGCAACUGCCUUGCCUCCAAUGCCUUCAGCUGCGCCCUCAAUCCGACCGCCUUUAACUCGCCCAGCGUCAUUGGUACGCUGACCGGUCAAGCCUGCGACUACCUUGGCCAGCAAGGCGGCAACUGUGCUCCCAUCAUGGCUGACGGGGAGGCAGGAACGUACGGCAACUACUCGUUCUGCUCGCCUGCACAGAGGCUGGAAUGGGCCAUGUCGCAGUUCUACGAGAUGACUGGUUUCAACGCGCAGUCGUGCAACUUUGCUGGCAAUGCGAGCGCCAAGAAUCCGCCAACGCCUUCUACGUUGGCUGUCAACCAGGCCUUUUCGUCGUGUCUCAGCCAGUUUCCGAUUGGCGUGUCCACGCCCAAACUGGACCUUCCCACGUCGGGCAGUAGUGCUUCCGGAGGCGCCGCCCCUUCGCCUACGCAGUCGAGAAGUGGCUCGCCCAACUCUGCCUCGCAGCCUGGGUCUGUGUGGGGCGGUAUGGGCCUGGUGAUUGUUGCAGCUUUGAGCGCGGCUCUGGCUGGCUGGUCUAUCCUCUAG